AUGGGAACAGCAAAACAUCGAACACCGAUUACAAUGAAAAUCAAUUCGCCACAACUGCAGUUAAUUUUAACUCCAGAAUUACGAAUUCUAGAGAAUUAUUUUAAAAGCAACAAUUUUCAAUUAAGGAUUGCUGGUGGUGCUGUCCGUGAUCUCUUGAUGGGAAUGACUCCAGCGGAUGUCGAUUUUGCGACUGAUGCCACACCAGAGCAGAUGAAAGAAAUAUUUAUGAGAGAAAAUGUGCGAAUUUUUAAUAAAAAAGGAGAAGAACACGGGACGGUAUCAUGUCGAAUCAACGAUAAGGAAAAUUUCGAGAUUACAACUCUCAGAGUCGAUAUUUUGUGUGAUGGACGUCGAGCCGAAGUAGAAUUUACAACAGACUGGCAGCUGGAUGCUAAUAGGCGAGAUUUAACAAUAAAUUCACUAUUUUUAGAUACGGAUGGUACGGUUAUUGACUAUUUUGGUGGUAUUAAUGAUAUCAAUUUGAGGCGAGUCGUAUUUGUUGGAAAUGCACGGCAAAGGAUUCAGGAAGAUUAUCUGAGAAUACUUCGCUAUUUUCGAUUUUUCGGUCGUGUUGCAUUGUCAUGUGAUGCGCAUGAUGAAUCAACGCUUCAAGCAAUUAUCGAAAAUAAAGAUGGCCUGGAUAGUGUCAGUGGAGAACGAAUUUGGUCAGAGCUGAAAAAAAUUUGUGUUGGUCGUUUGGGUGGUGAAGUUGUCACGAUUAUGUUGGAAAAGUGCCAUUUAUCCUCUUUGCUUGGUCUUCCUCCCCACUGUGAGAAGCGUCUAGCUGAAUUUCGUAAAAUUUAUGAUUCCAAUAUUGAUCGCUUCGUCCAACCAAUGACAUUGAUCAGUUCACUAUUUUCGAAUCUGGACGAUCUUAACGUCUUUCAUUUAAGAUGUAAAUUGUCAAAUAUUGAAAGAUUGUUAAGUCAGUUUAUCAUUGAAAAACGUGAUGAAAUGAUGAAAACUGACCGCUCAUCGAAAAAUCGUCAAUUUCCAGAAAAGAUGACUCUGGAUAGACGUACGAAGGUUUUGGAAUUGGCGAAAUAUUGUAUGGUGAAUAAUGCAGUUCUUGAAGAGCUUGAUAACUGGCAUAUUCCGGAAUUUCCAGUUAAUGGAAAAGAUUUAUUAAACUUUAUUUCCAGCGGUCCGAUUAUGUCUGAAGUUUUAACCACUUUGUUCAUAAUUUGGAGAAAGGUUUUUUAUAGCUGA